AUGGAAGAUUAUCAUGCUUUACAAAGAUUUUUGAAUGGUAUGGAUGAAACAAAAAUGGAUCUUCCAGGUCCUGAAAAGGAUUUGCUGAACGCUCUUCGAUUUUUCACAGGAAAAAUUGUUGAGCAGCAAUUAUCUCCAAAAGUACCUUCUCAUGAAAUGGUUUCUGCUUUAACUGGAUUAGUAUAUACGCUAUUGAAGGACCAUAUCCCAAGAGAACUCGUAUUCUUUAUGAAACAUGCAAAAAGGAAACAAAUUCAAGAUGAAGACUUUCUUCUUUACUGCAGAAAGACUUCUCUUCUUGAUCAUCUAAAGGAAUAUAGAGCUCAACUGAAAGAAAACUCUAAAACAACAAAAAAGAAGAAAAACGCAGAUGAUGACAGCGACUAA